UGCGUGGUUUGAAAUUGACAACAAACUUGUGUAACGUCCUGUAUGUAUGCUAUGGGAAAUCCUGUGUUUUCAAGAUUGUUAUGCAAAACAUAGCAUACCAGAAUGUCUUUAUUCGCACAGCUGGCUUCUAUAAAACGAUAGGGAGGUCCUGGUGUAGCUUCAUAUUGGAAAUUGAUCGUCAUUAGAAUUAUUAUCGUUAAAAAUGGUGUACGUUAUCAUGAUGGCGGUUCUGAUUGUGGGGAUCGAUUGUCGCUCGCUUCUACCUUCCGGUAUGGACGAAACAAGUAAAUACUGGGAGUCUGGGGUUCUGAAAUCAAAGGACUCGUCGUUAGAGUCCAAUGGAUUCGUGUCAACCGGUAUCGUUGACUUUGAACCAAUUAAUAAAAAAAUUUUUGAUUAUCCUGAGGAGCUGAGACCAUUUAUCGUGACUCAAGGACGAAAGUUAGAAAAACUAUUUGCCGAAUUUGCCGAGAGAACUGCCGAUCCCAAGGAUCAUAGUCGACGUGCGAAUCAAUGGCUCAAGCAAUUGAAAUUGAUUAUGAAGGAAUUCGCGACUGAGAACGAUACCAAAUUUGAAAAAAUAUCCGAUACUAAGACCAAUGGAAUUUUGGAUUCCUCUGUAUUACCGCAGGACAAACAAAUUUUGAAAAAUGUUAAUAGCCUUAAAGACUUUUUGGAUUCUACCGGGGAUUUUGAUAUAUUUUAUCAGGAUCGACAGAACGACGAGAGACAUGUCAAGUCCAGAUUCGAUGACGCUUCCUCGUCAUUCUUCAAAUCUCAUGAUAAAUCAGUAGAGGAGGAUGACAUUGUUGAUUCCAAAAAUCACGGAGACCAAUUGAUCGAUAUGAUGAUCGAUGCCGAAAAUCAAUUGGGACGUAUACGAAAGUAUUUUGAAAAAUUGUGCAGGAAACACCAUUCGGUGUCAUCGCCGGUAGGAUCCUUGGAGUCUAAUCCUGAUUACGCAACGACUACGAGCCAAGGACAAAAAUUGUCUAUGCUAUAAAAUUUAAAUAAUUACAUAAUAACAAUAUCCUUAUAUAUAUAGUUCAUAUUAUAAAAUUUUUAGAACGAAACCUUAUGGACCCCUGUCACGUUUGAAUAAUAAAUAAUCCAAUAAACAUUAUUACCCACGAC